UUGACUAGUGGAACCGAGACUGCAAGAAUCGAGCACAAACUCAGCCAUUAACGUAAGUCAAGAACUCUGAUACCAUGAUGAAUAUAGCAGAGAAUUAGACAUGCAAUCAAAGAUCUGGAAAAUUACUCACUCUUCUCAUUAACUAAAAGAAACAACAUUACAAAUUAUAUAUACAGAGCUGAUAAAAAAUAUCUAGAUAGUUGUUGACAGCUGUUACCAACGAAUCUCCCCCAUUGAUCGGAAAACAAUCUGACCAUCACCUGAGUUCGGCUUCUGGAUUGUCGGAUUUGCGGAGAACGAUCAUCACUUUUCCCUCCUUGAACUAAAGAAGAUGGACCAUCAGCGUUUCUGCAGUAGGAAAGGCCCGACUCUCACUGUUUCUUUUGCUUUAGAUUGAUACGGUGCGUAUCGUUUGAAAACGCACCGUAUCAGUACUGUCCCCAACUUCGGUCAACAACCCAGCUUUGACUCCUUCACUUUCCAUUAACGCCGUUACUCCAACUCUUGAGUUAAAUUUUACUCUUCACAUCCUCCCUCAAAUCUCUUAAAUUAAUGGUUAAUCCUAUUUUAACAAAAAGUUAAUUUUAUUUUAAAGUUGGCCAUUAAAACAUUAAGGUAUUUCUCUGAAUUUUUUUAGCAAAUAGUUUUUCUACACCACAAGCUAUAUUUAAAGAGCAAUGGAUGGUCAGAACUGGAUCACAAACCCUAUAUAUAUUGUUUUUGUUCUCGGCAGAAUAUAUAUCGAAGUUAAUUAGCUAAUAAUUUGUUUAAUUCAGUAAUAAUAGAACAACAAUGGCAAUGGCCAAGAGUGCUGUGACUGUGCUCUCAAUCAUGGCUCUCUUUGGGAUAGCCAUGUCUGCUACUUACAAGGUUGGUGAUAAAGAUGGUUGGACUAUCCAAGGCAACCCUGAUUACGAUGAGUGGGCUAAGGAUAAGACCUUCAGAGUUGGCGAUACUCUCGUUUUCAAGUACAAUUCGGCAGUGCACGAUGUGAAGCAAGUGAGCAAGGAAGAUUUUGAAGCAUGCAAUGGAAAAUCCCCAAUCGCAACAUACACCACAGGGGAGGAUUCAAUCAUCCUCAAGAAGCCUGGGAAAACCUACUUCCUUUGCAGUUUUACUGGACAUUGUGAAAUGGGACAGAAGCUUGAAAUUAAUGUGGAGGGAAGUGCAGCAAGCCCAGAAGGUGCCACCGCCGCCCCCGAUGCUUCAAGCCCAACCUCAACCCCAACUGCUAGUGUAGAAGGAGGAGCCGCUUCAACAACAGCACCACCUUCAUCUGAAUCAUCUUCAACCACCAAGUUGACCACUGGUUUGGUUUCAACAGCAGGGCUUUCACUUGCGGCUGCAUUUGCUUUAUAGAUAGCUAUUGCCUUUAAUUAUUAUAUAACCCUGGCUUAUAGAGGUUCAAUUCAUGUUUGUAAUCCUCGUCUAAUUGUAAAUUAUAAUAAUUUUUUGA